AUGUUUGAUGUUUAUUUGAAAGAAAACCCAUUGAUUUUGAAAGGAGUAGAAUUAAAAAUAAUUGAAGAUAAUUUUAAUAGAAGAAAAAAAGUAUUAAUCGAAAAUCAUUUUCUUAAAUACAAGUCAAAUAAAUUCUAUAUUGAAAAGAAUAUGCUAAAUAAAUUUAUGGAAACGAAAAAACAAAAAUACAGAAGAUUAAUAAAUAUUGAAAUUGAUUAUUUGGAAGAUAUUAAAUUAUGUAAAUUAACACAUAAAAUUGAGAUGCCAGAAGAAGAGUUUAUUAAAAUGAUUGGAGAAGAUGAUAAAGAUUUUGAAAUUAAAUUGAAAGAAAUUGAAAAAAAUUAG